UCUCAUCUAUCCUCUCCCCUAACCUUUGAUUGUAUACCCAAUACACAUUGAUCAAUGUCGAGUUUAAUAUUAAACGUUGCCUGAUAAAUAAACAAAAAGUAAAUAUUUAAUUUUUUGGUUCAACAUGACAGAAGAAAUCAAGGCUCAGAUUAUCGCACUACCAGAUGAUGUUUGUCAAAGGGCUGGCAUGGCUGCGGUAUGGCUCAAGUCCAAUAAAAUAGCUCUUUUUCCGCACAAAAGGCUCACUUUGAAGUCAAAAGAUACCACGAGUGAAUAUCAUCCAUGUGAAGCAAAAGUACACUUCGUCUGUCCAGAAGUCAUUCUGUAUUACCCCACUAUCAGGAAGAUGGUCAAUGAGAGCAACAGUGUCUUCUUGGCAAUUCAGAAGUUGAAAAGUAGUUCUCCCACUGUGAUGAGUGACCCAAAGCCAGAAAUAUUCAAGUUUAGUAAACGGUAUCGUUCUAUUUUAAGAGCUUGCGUGGAGGAGCUGCAAGAACUUGCAGAAAAGUACUCGGACCAAAAACAGGGCCUGUAUGAGAAUUUACAAACUAUAUUUUACAAUGUCGAGUGCGUCUGGCACUUGACAGAAAUCCUUUACAUAGAUGUCACACCAGGAGAAGUUGUUUUGCCACAACUUCUAGAGUGGAUCAGAUUUCACUUUCCGUCCAGAGAAAUAAUGGCCAUGAAAAUACUGGCAAAAAAAAAAAUUGGUGCAGAUCUCGAAAACACAGAUUACUGGGAAGCUGCAUUUGGCUGUGCCUUACAUGGAAAACUCGAUAUUGUAAGGGCAUUGCUAGCGUUGCACAGCAAAGCGGACCAUUCGUCGUUUGUUGCAGCGGAGAAUGCGCUCAGAAACAUGCCGGUCUACAGUGUGUACGGGGGGUACUCUGUGAAAGAAUUUACCAUAAGAUGGAAACAGUGGCAAAUGAAUUUGUCUCAAAGUAUUGACAGCAAAGUUUUUGCAAUAGAAACAAAUUUAGAAUCCCUGAUGAAGCUAGUUGUUGGAAAUGAAAUAUGGGAAUUCUCAAAGUACACCGAAGCUUGGUACGAGUUAUUGGCAGCAAAAUUGUUUUACUCUGCCCCAUGCUGCAAACAGCCAGAACUAGCUCGUUACGCAAAUAGCGUUGCCUUGAAGUGGCAGAGCAGUAGGCAAAUACCAUUGGUUGUGUUAGAUAAUAUCAUAUUGGCUCUCAUGGAAAGCGAUUUGCAUCAGGUAAUCAAGGAAAUUCAAUACAUGAGCGAUAAUGGUUGGUUUGCUGCCCAUUUGACAGACUUGCUUUACCAUUGUGGCCGAUUAAAUAUCAUGGACAAGCACCAAGUCAACGUUACAGAUUUGCUUCACGAAUCUCUUAUACUGGAUUACGGAAGUACCUUGAUGAGUCACAAUUCUCUGUGGCAAUGUGGUGCAAGUUACCUGGAACAUUGUGCUGAACAAGGCUCCACUAGGUUAGAAACGCUCUUACAAACUAUUCCUUUAGGCAGUGAAGCAAGAAUCCAUAAAAUUGUCUACAUUGCCAUGGAAAAUAAGAUGCCCCAUGUAGCUUCCAGUAUAUGUAAGAUACAAGGAGUAAAAUGUAUAAGCCAAGGGCGUCUAGGAAACGCCCUCGCUUGGGCUUUGAAAGCCAAGGAUGGACUAUUCGCGGGCCAAAUUGCUGACAGGUUUCUCAGGUAUUACGUUGAACACGAGAAAAUUCAGUGUCACGACUUUUUAGAGAACCUAGGUGCCUGCAUGCUCAUUAGUGAGAGGUUGACGUUCUUAGGAAAAUAUUGUGAAUUCCAUCAGAUGUAUGGCAUUGGAGAGUUUAAAGAAGCUGCCAGAAUACUUAUUUCGCUUAUUGUUUCAAAUUUGACGCCAUCCUACUUCUGGCCAACAUUGUUAAACGAUGCCAUACCACUUCUGGAUUCGCAAGAUAUAAUCUUUUCGUCGGACGACACCUACGAACUAUUGCGCGCGAUCGAAAAACGAGGCGAUCAUCCAAAAUUUAAAGAAAAAUUACCGAUAUUCCGUUUUGCCGCUGCACGUAAUCUUGCUCGAGCUCUGAUUAUUGAAAAUAACAAUCCUGAUUAGCCUGACCCUGACUACACGAGCCCAUUUAUGAUAGUCUGACCUUUUUUUACUAUGUCAUCAAGCAAUAAGUUGAUGUGAAACAAUUUUUUAUAUUUUUACCGUAAGUUGUCGAUAAGUAAAUAAAAAUAUAAUUUGUUA